AUGGCCAGUCCACAGUUUGUCAGUAAGUUGCAGGAAGAAGUGGUCUGCCCCAUCUGCAUAGAUAUUCUGCAGGACCCUGUCACCAUUGACUACGGGCAAAAUUUCUGCUUCAGAUGCAUCACUCAGAACGGGGAUGCAUGUUUACUCAAAUGUCCACUUUGCAAGAAAUCUGUGAGGAGGGACACUGUGAGGCCCAAUUGGCUAUUGAUGAAUCUGGUAGAGAAAAUCCAAGCUAUGAGUCCCUUUGAGGCACAGCCAGAAAGGGAAGAACUGAGAUGUCAGAAGCACCAAGAGAAGAUCCAUUACUUCUGUGAGCAUGAUGGGAAGUUUCUCUGUACAGUGCGUCGUGAAUCCAAGGACCGCAAACUCCACAAAGCCAACUUAAUAGAAGAAGCUGCCCAAAACUAUCAGGUAAACAUUUGGGGGAAUAUAAUUCAAUUGCAACUCAAGGACUUGCAGCAAAAGGAGAAGACGAUAGUAUAAGUGAAAGCACAAGGCGAACAGAGGAUCAAUGUCUUCACAGGCCAAGUGGAACACGAAAAACAAAGGAUCAUCAGAGAAUUCAAGCACCUGUGUCAGGUCCUAAAAGAGAAGGAGAAGUUUCUCCUGUUACUACUGGCCUGGCUGGGUCAGGAGGGAGAGAAGGGGGGCCACCUCUUCGGCACUUCCACUGAGGCGCAGCUGAACUCUCUCAGUAGGCUUGUUGAUUCCUUGAAGGCCAAGCAACAAAUGUCGCCAGCUGAGCUGCUCUGGCUGAGAGACAUCAAAGUUCUCUUGUACAGGAGCCAAAGGUUUCAAUUUCUUCACCCAACUGCUCUUCCUCUGGACCUGGAGAAUAAACUCAGUGAAGCCAAAUCAAGAAAUGACUCCAUCACAGAAACCCUGAAGAAUUCAGAGGCAGCGGAACAACUGAACCAGCAUCAACACAUCCCCGCCCCUCAACUGUAUUCAGUCUUCUCUCCCGGGCCUCCUGUGUUUGGAAAGCACCCUCUCUAG